UAACCAUCCGCGUAUUUGACUUAAUCGACAAAAGCUUCAAGCUUUUCUUCUAUAAAUUCAUUACGGCAUCUAACAAACAGACAGAUAUUUUCUGCAGCUUUCUUCCUUAAACUCAUCAAUGGCGGAUCAUCAACAGAAAAUCCAUCCAGUGCAAGAAGACGUCGAGGCCCAGCACACACCACCAACGGUUCCGUUGGUACCACGAGGCUCUUCAAAAUCUGAUCAAUCAGCUCCCCAAGAUGAUCCACAUGUUCCUCCAUUAAUUCAAAGAACUCUUCCUGUGGUUCACUCAAGACCUCCCAAAAAGAAAAGAAGUUGCUGCUGCAAGUUCUUCUGUUGGACUAUUUCUCUUCUUCUUCUCCUCAUAAUCGCCAUCGCAAUUACUCUUGGAAUCUUGUACCUUGUCUUCCAGCCGAAGAUACCAAAAUAUUCGGUCGACCGAAUGCAAAUAACCGAGUUCAAUUUUUCCAGCGAUUCGAGCUUAGAGGCGACGUUUAAUGUCACCAUUACUGCAACAAAUCCGAACAAGAAAAUAGGAAUAUAUUACGAAGGGGGGAGCCAUAUAACUGUGUGGUACUCAGACACGCAACUAUGUGAAGGCUCCAUUCCAAAAUUCUACCAGGGCCAUCAAAACACAACGGUGCUUAAUUUGCCAUUGACAGGGCAAACGCAAAACGCCACAGCUUUGGCUACAUCAAUACAGCAGCAGCAGCAACAGAGUGGGAAUGUGCCAUUGGAUCUGAAGGUUGAUCAGCCCGUGAGGGUUAAACUUGGGAAAUUGAAGCUGAUGAAGGUCAAAUUUGCAGUGAGGUGCAAUCUGGUGGUAGAUAGCUUAACCGCAGAUAACUCCAUUAGUAUUCAAAGUAGUAGCUGUAAGUUUAAGCUCAGGCUUUAAAUUACAGGUAUUGAGGGAUUGGUGUAAUUUUUAGGGUGCUUCCGUUGAGCGUUUUUUUUUUUUUUUAUGCUACAUAGAUUAUCAUUAUUAAUAUAAAUUAUUCUUAUAUUUUAUUAAA